AUCGAACCUUGAAUCGCACAAAGUUUAUCGCGCGCGAUAUAUCGUCUCUUAUUGCACCGUUUAUCAACGCAUUCAGUGUCGUGCUUCAUGACUCGUUGCUUGCAAGAGAGGCGGCGCUCCGAAGCCAGUUAUGUAGCAGUGCGCUCGCGGCUUUUCACCUUCGCCCAUGCGGCAACCAUCUGUCAACGGCGGCGAACACUUGCGCGAAUAAUCCGGCAUCGUGAAACGCGCGCGAAACGCGAAUCGCAUCCGAGGACAUUCCUCUAUUCCAUCUGUACACGGCGAGCACGUGAAAUCACUCCGCCACCAUGAUCGUCGACCGGGCCUUUUUGAACGUGAUGAUCCUCAGCUGGGGGUUCAUGCUGGUGUUCACGGCCUUUCAAACGAUGGGCAAUAUAGAGAAAACCGUUCUGUCCAGCAUAAAACAAGAGGAUCCAGACUUCACCGGCGACGCAUACAACAGUCUGGCCAUCAUCUAUGCCGUGUUCUCGAUCUGUAACUGGUUGGCGCCGUCUUACAUCUCGAUGACGGGCCCGCGGGUAGCAAUACUCACCGGCUCUUGCUUCUACGUCUUCUUCAUAGCAUCGUUCUUCUGGCCAAACAACGGCCUAUUGUACAGCAUGUCUGCCGUGCUGGGUGCCGGCGCGGCGCUCAUAUGGACCGGUCACGGCCAAUACCUGACGGAGAACAGCGACGUCGAUACCAUGUCCCGGAACGCCGGCAUAUUUUGGGCAAUUUUUCAGUCCUCCCAAUUCGCCGGCAACCUCUUCGUCUUCUUCGUCUUCAAUACCGACGCAAUCGACGAGUCGCAACGACGGACCGUCUUCAGCGUGCUCACCGGCUUGGCAUUGCUCGGCACUUUAGUAUUAAUUUUUCUCAGAAAAUCACCGCAGAAAUUAUCACUCGGUGAGGCCGAGGGUGUCUCCAGCGCCGAUAAAGAACUCCAGCUGCCCGAGCCAGUGCCGCAGAAACCGCUGAUGGCCGCUUGGUACGCGUUCGUAUCCGCGUUGAGGCUCUUCCUCACGCCGCGGAUGCUGAUACUAUCGCUCACGUUCAUCUACACCGGCCUCGAGCUCACUUUCUACUCUGGCGUGUAUUCCAACAGCGUUGGAUUCACCGAGGCAAUGGGCAAGAGUCGUAAGAGCCUUGUAGGAAUGUCCGGCAUCUUCAUCGGAGUUGGCGAGGUCGUCGGCGGGGCGAUAUUCGGCAUUCUCGCUUCCAAGGUGUCCCGCAACUGUGGCGGAUCACCGGUGGUGCUCAUUGGCCUGGUCGUGCAUUUAUUCGCUUUCAUCAGCAUCUUCCUGAACCUGCCGAACGAAGCAUCGUUCGGCGAGACGAAUCAAGCGGCCCACAUAGCAUCCUCGCCGAUCCUCGCGAUGGCCGGCAGUCUUGCACUCGGCUUCGGCGACGCGUGCUACAACACGCAGAUCUACUCGCUGCUAGGAGUCCUCUUCGUGAAGGAGAGCGCACCUGCCUUCGCGCUCUUCAAGUUUUGCCAAUCUGUCGCCGCAGCCAUCAGCUUCGCCUACAGCACCCAAGCUGGACUGCACAUACAGCUCCUGGUGCUGCUCAUAACUAUAAUCUUAGGCACGGGGGCUUUCUGCUACGUCGAGUACAUCGUCAAGAAGUCAAAGAACGAGAAUCAACCGGAGAUCGACCCGUCGCUCGUCGAGCCCGCGAGCAAUGAAGAUUAACGAGUUUGUCGAAGUGCAAUAAUAUCCGGCAGGAUCGUAUGCAAGUGAGAUCUCGUGAGUGGGAGGACAUUAGAAAAUCAUGCGAGAGAUCUCCAAGGAGACAGAAACGCUAACGGAUCGCAGAACAUGAAGAGCUUUGGAAGCGUACGCCCAAACAACACGCAGUCCAGGCCCUGCGAUAGAAAUCACUUGAAGAGGAUUAAAUUAUUUUUGUAAACUUUUCGCUGUUAUACGGCGCUCACAUUCUCCCAUAAUUAUUGGAAACUUCUUGUAAUGUCGCAAAUUUUAAACAUGAUCAACACUCAAGUUUCGUACAGACUGAACGAAAUAACUGAGAAUUAUCGUGUAGCAAAUUUCACUUGUUGAAAUGUACCACUACAAAAGAGUUCUUAUCGAGCAACGUGGUAGAAAUGAAUGUUAUAAUACAUUCAUAUAUUAUAAGCAUAUAUUAAUUAUAUAAUAUUCAUUUCUACAUUAAUUUGCAACUCAGGGUAACCGUGUGUUUUAAACUGUUCUCUAGAGUAAUGCUUCUCGACAAGGAUAUGCAUAUGUGUCAAACAUGCACAUAUGCAUUUCUUUUCAUCGUUGUUAACAUUUUUACUGUAAUGUCAGAAUAUCGCGUCAUUUGCGCGAAAUUGGAGAACACUGCCUAAAAUCGAUACGUAAUCGCUUAUACGGUUAUUUGAUUUUGUAAGAAAUGAUUGAUCAAUAUAAUAAUUUCAUCCUUUUUGUAUGUUCAAGUUUCAAGGCUGUGUUAGAGAGCGUUUUUCGCAAUGGCGCUACCUUGUAAAAAUAUAAUAACGUAUAAUAGACGAGUGUUUGUCGCGAACUUCUUUUUUGUACUUGGUAAGUUUCGUUAGUUGCGAGAUCGGAUCUGUUAGCGUCGAUUCUCGUACCAUCCUUGCAACGCACUGCGUUUUUUUCACGUUGUUACUUGUAUUCAGCUAGUCUAUAACACAAAUCCACUACAAGAUUCGUGUUUAACUAGUCCGUAAUGCACAAUACACUGAUGUUACGGUACUGAUCGUAUAUGUGCGUGCGUAAGUAGGUGGGAGGAUGAGUAGGUGAAUGUUGGUAUGCGCACAUUGGUACGCGACAUUUAUAGUGCGAAGCUCAAUCGAAUUAUUCGAGAUAAAGUUAAAGAUCGUGUUCCUAUGAUGUUUGCCAUGAGUGUCGUGACGAACGCAUAGAUUAACUGCGUAUGCAUACAGGAUAUGUUGAAAGUCGGGCAAUCGACAAAUCUGCAGUCGGUCUGUCCUUUCUAAAAAUUAAAACGAUAAGAUACAAAAAUUAGUAGAUUUAGUAAUACUAAUUAUAUUUAUAUAAAACAUAUUGUACAUUCAAUUGAAAAUUUCAGAUAAGAAUUUUCGAUUAAAGACUUCAAAUAAGAUAAACUUUUUUUACGAAAAAAUACUAUCCUAUACUAAUGCUUUAGAGCUAAUUUUCUAUACACACAUGCCAAAUUUAUCAUAGCAGAAAUUCGACACAAUAAUUAUUCACUCGAAAUGUUCUAAGAAUACGAUAACUUGUAUAAUUUGCUUAAUAAUUGAUGUCGCUCGGUAAUGAUAUAAGCAUUUUUAUCUUUAUGCUGUAUUUAUUUUUUAUUCUUUUAGCUAGUUUUACCUUUCAAUGGUGGUAUUUUAAAAGAUUGUACGACUUUUGAGACAUCCUUAUACAUUGUAUAUUCUUACAUGUCUUAUCGUUUCUUUACAUUUUAACUUUUAUUCCUUGUCAUAGAUUUUGUAUUAGAUAAAUUUUAUGCAUGAAUUUUAUGCAUUUAGAUAUUCGUGGAUAAUAGAUCAAACAUAUAACGACAAAAAUUUUAUUGAUGAUUAAAUAUUUAUGACAAUAUUUCAAAGUAUCUCUGCUUGCAUAAUCUUCGUAAAGAGAAAAGGACUUCAUAUUUUUUGUAAUUUCUUACACACGCGUAUAUAUUAUAUAUUCUAUUACAUUCCACAAUAUAUACAUAUAUCUAUAUAUAUUACAGAAUUCUCUCUUUUACGUAGAAAUAUAUCACUCCUUGGAUAUAUGUACCUGAUAGAAAAUGUUUAUAAUCUAUUUCGAAAGAAUGUACAUACAUACACACACACAAUUUCCCAAGUUCCCGAUACAUUACAAGUGAUCAGUCGAGAUGAUCAUUAUUGUUUUUAUCGUUAGUGUUUAUUAUGAACAAAAUUUUAUGAAAUACAUGUAUAUAAAAAUUUAUCAAUUUAUGUACAUAUGAGGUUAACGUAUAAUGUUAUUGAGAAUAAUAAUUGUUGUUGGCAAAUAUAUUUUUAAUUAAUUGUA